CAAAGCACAGAGCACGACCAGCUGGGACGGUGUCAUGUUUUUGAUCCGCCUUCUGUUUAAAACAUGACGUAGACAUUAACAUCAAAGGAAGAAGUUCAUCAUUACACAUCACGCAUCACUCAAGAGAGGACAGCCGUGAUUUAUUAGUUCUGUUAAUUAAUGACACUGCAGGGAUGGAGAUCGAAUCCAUGGUAGCAAACACUGCUCUGAUCAAGGCUAGAGAAGGCUGUGGAGGAAAAAACAAAGGAAGAAGUAGAAGAUGGAAAGAACUGCUGCGCUUUCCUCACAUUAAUGAAUGUGCUGAGCUGGAAAAAAGUAUCGAACGGGACUAUUAUAACCUGUGUGUAGAGCAACCCAUUGGAAAGGCAUUAUUCCACCAAUACUGUGAGACGAGACCUGAGCUCAAACGCUGCACUGACUUCUUGAAUGCAACGGAAGAGCAUGAAGUGAUACCAGAUAAAAAGUGGGAGAGUUAUGGCAUUGACAUACUUGAAAAGUAUCUCAACCCAGGGUCUCCUACAUUUCUGCAGGAGAUACCAGACAAGGACCAGAAGUUGUGCUACCAGAACCUAAAGUUCAACAUCUACAACAGUGUUUUUAGUGACUGUCGCAAUGUGGUACAUGAGUAUCUAAGUGGAGAACCUUUCAAAGACUAUCAGAACAGCAUGUAUUUUGACCGAUUUCUGCAGUGGAAGAUGGUUGAAAGAUAUCCAGUCACAAGGAACACAUUUAGAGAAUAUCGAAUUUUGGGAAAGGGAGGAUUUGGGGAGGUGUGUGCGUGUCAGGCUCGUGCAUCUGGGAAAAUGUAUGCCUGUAAAAAACUGGAGAAGAAACGCAUCAAGAAGCAGAAGGCUGAAGCUCUGACCCUCAAUGAGAAACAGAUCCUGGAGAAAGUUAACAGUAGAUUUGUGGUCAGUUUAGCGUAUGCAUAUGAGACCAAGGAGGCCCUUUGUUUGGUGCUGACACUAAUGAACGGAGGAGACCUGAAGUUUCACAUAUAUAACAUGGGAAACUCAGGAUUUCACAAGACAAGAGUGCAGUUUUAUGCGGCUCAGGUCCUUUGUGGACUGGACCACCUCCACCAAAACUCUAUUAUUUACAGGGAUUUAAAGCCUGAAAAUAUCCUUUUGGAUGAUAAUGGGCACAUAAGGAUAUCUGACCUGGGUUUGGCAGUCAUCUUGCCAGAAGGACAGGUUGUUCGUGGCCAGGUGGGAACAUCAGGAUACAUGGCACCAGAGGUCAUUAAGGAUGAGUACUACAAUUUCAGUGUUGACUGGUGGGGACUGGGUUGUCUCAUCUAUGAGAUGACAGCUGGUCGUCUUCCGUUCCGUGAUCGCACUGAACGACUACACAGGAAGGAUCUUGAGAAAAGAGUACUGGAGACCACUGAGCGCUACGGGGUCAAGUUCAACAUGGACACCAAAGACAUCUGCCAAGCGCUCCUGGCCAAAAACCCAAAGCACAGACUGGGGUGCAAGGCUGAUAGUGUAUCAGAAAUCAAGAACCACAUAUUCUUCAAGGACCUCAACUUCAGGAGGCUAGAGGCUGGAAUGUUACCGCCACCUUUCGUACCAAAUCCAAAGGCAGUGUACUGUCAAGAUGUCCUGGACAUUGACCAGUUCUCCACAGUUAAAGGAGUUAACAUUGAUAUAACAGACAAAGACUUCUAUACUAAGUUCAACACGGGAAGCAUGCCCAUCCCAUGGCAGAAUGAGAUGAUUGAGACAGAGUGCUUUAAGGAUCUGAACGUAUUUGAGCCCAAAGGCACACGUCUGCCUGACCUUGAUCGUGCAUUUGAACCACAGAAAAGCCCCGGAUCACGUCAAAAGAGCCCGAGCCAACAGGAUCCUUAUCGGAGCAAACUGAUUAGUAGAAUCUUUAAGAGACAUCAGCGGGACGAGUCUGCAGAUCAGACAAGCAGUUCUAGACGCACAUCAGAUGAGCUUCAAAUGAAAUUACUGGAUUCUGCCGAUGAGUUGUAAAUAAUUUAAAAAAAUGAAAUCUUGUACAGUUUAAAGCACUGUUCUUCACUCUUAUGAAGAGCUGAAUCAUAUCUGUGUGGUGCUGCAUUUUAAAGUUGGUCAUUGUAUGCAGUGUUGCUAUAAAAUACAUGUGCUUUACUUCAUUUUUAUUUUUAUAAUGUUCUGACAUGUAAAUAAAUGAUAAUUUGUGUCAUUUGAAA